ACUCUAAUAUAUUUGAUUUUUAAUGGGUUUGAUUUAUUGUUUAUAAAAACCCCAACAAAAUUGGAUCUUUUUUGUUUUUUCAAGAUUUCAUAUUCUCCCAUUUAGCCCUUCAUGCAUAGUUAGAUUUUGGUAAGCAACUAUGACAUCAACUUCAACUCAAUUUGUAACAUCAAGAAGGAUGGGAAUAUACGACCCGUUACAACAAAUUAGCAUGUGGGAGGAUGCGUUUGGAUCCAAUGUUGGCCCGAUCAUGAGCAAUAACAUAAUGAUGCCCGAGGUUGAUGCAAGGCUAACCAAUAAGACCGAAUACAGUUCUCAAGGAUCAUUAGGACCAUCACCAGACGCUGCGGCAACAAAACACAUUACAGAUAAGUUACAAAGGCGUUUAGCACAAAAUCGUGAAGCUGCACGAAAAAGCCGUUUAAGAAAAAAGGCUUAUGUUCAACAGUUGGAAUCAGGCCGUGUGAAACUAGCACAACUAGAACAAGAACUCGAGAGGGCUCGCCGACAGGGCGUAUACGGGGGUUUAAUGAACAGGGGCAACGGUUUGUUGUCUAGUAACGUCGUUAACUCAGGGAUUGCGACGUUUGAAAUGGAAUACGAGUUGUGGGUUUCCGAGCAAAGAAAAAAAGAUGACGAGCUUAGGAAAGUGUUGUUGACUCAUACGAGUGAAAUCGAGCUUAAGUUAUUUGUUGAUAGUGGCUUGAACCACUAUUAUGACCUUUUUAGAAUGAAAGCCGAUGCUGCCAAAGCCGAUGUGUUUUAUUUAAUGAACGGGUUGUGGAGAACUCCGGUAGAGCGGUUCUUCCAGUGGAUUGGCGGUUUCCGGCCAUCCGAGUUGAUAUAUAUAUUAAUGCCACAGAUUGAGUUAACGGAUACGCAGCUCAUGAAGGUAAGAAGUUUAAGACAAUCAUGUGAGCAAGCCGAAGAGGCAUUGAAUCAAGGCAUGGCGAAACUUCAACAAACCUUGGCUCAGAGCAUAACGAUCGAUAUAAUGGGGCCCGCAAGUUACAACACGCAGAUGAAUUGUGCAAUGGAAAGGCUCGAGGCACUUGAAAUCUUCUUAAUCCAGGCAGAUCACCUUAGAAAGCAGACCCUAGAGCAAAUGAAUCUUAUCUUAACAUUGCAACAAGCGGCAAACGCAUUGCUUGCACUUGGCGAAUACUUGCAACGUCUACGCGUGCUGAGUUCAAUCUGGUCCGCCCGUCCUCGUGGCCCCACAAAUCUAAUUCCAUAAAUCAGAUCUUUUUCAAGUUUUUUAUUAGCUUAAAUUAGCAUCACUUUUAGAGGUAUUUGCUAGCAACAUUUCCCAUUUGAUAUGCUUAUAAUGGUAUUCCUAUAGGAAAUUUGUAAAUAUAAAAUUGUACUGUUGUGCAUAUACAUAUAUAUAUAUAUAUAUAUGUAUGUAUGUAUGUAUGUAUGUAUACGCAGGAGGUCGAGUUUAUCCGAGUGUUAUUCUAUGUUAAAUCACAUAAAGAAUUUGAUUC